CAGCGCCACAGCGAUAAUUAUUCUAAUUAAUAUCACUCAACAUUUUGGUGUACGAACAGUAUAAUAACUCAUUAUCGAUGGCUUGUAUGUUACAGAUCGCUGUGAUCGCCCUGGGUGCCCUGACGACAUUGACGUCGGCCGUAUACCACGAUGCCACAUCGUACGCCUAUUACCAUCCGAUAUUCCAUCACACCCAACACCACGGGCACGACUAUUACGCUCCACCCAAGUACACGUUCAAAUACGGCGUCAAAGACCCGCACACAAAGGACGACAAACAUCAGUGGGAGGAACGGGAUGGGGACGUAGUGCACGGCGGCUAUAGCCUGGUCGAGCCGGAUGGUCGUAUCCGCAAGGUAACGUAUACGGCCGACAAGCACAACGGGUUCAACGCACACGUGCACUACGAGAACCACGCUCAUCACCCGCAAGUCCAUCACCACCACAAACAUCACCCUCGUGACCAUCAUCACCGUCGUGGCGGACGUCAACUGUUUUGAGCGAUCCACUCGCGCAGGACCGCGUAACGGCACUUACCCUUCGASCAAAUUAAAGUUGACAGUUAUAAUAUUGUUAUCGUUGCCCAAUAAUAUGUUAUUACAUAAUUAUAUGGAAUGUUGUUAUUG